AUGACAGCCCCGACACACUCUCAAGCGACAUGGCAAGCCUUGCCAUUGUCAAUCGCUCCCUCAAUAGCGUCUCACUCCCUGUCAACGCCAGAGUCCCUGCAAAUUGAGAUUGAUCAAACAACUCACCGGCUUGAGCUCCUCAACUUCUUUCAUAUUCCUGCUUCCUCUAAUAUUCUCGAGAUUGGAUGCGGCCAGGGAACAUGCACUGUUGUCUUGGGGCAUGUCAUUGGGGAAGAUGGCCACGUUGACGCCAUCGACCCCGCAGCUCUUGAUUACGGUGCACCAUACACCCUCGGCCAAGCACAAGAACACAUUACCAACGGCCCUUUAGGCGGUAGUGUAAAGUUUUGGCAGACCCAGCUCGAAGACUUUCUAAAAGAGACGGGGGACAAGAAAUGGGAUUAUGCGGUCUUUGUGCACUGCUUAUGGUAUCUCGAUGCACCUGAAACCCUCGCACGCAUGCUCAAAGCGUUGAAGGGAAGGGUGAACAGAAUCUGCAUCGCUGAGUACGCUAUGAAGGCAUCUGAGCCAGCGGCCAUCCCUCACGUUCUUGCUGCUUUGACGCGAGCUACACUUGAGGCCCAAAGGCCGGACAGCGAAGCGAACAUUCGAUGUCUGCUAAGCCCAAUUGACAUCAAGAAUAUCGCAGGAGAUUCAGGCUGGAAAGUUGAGCGAGAGACGGAAAUUGUGCCGCAUGAGGGACUGCAAGAUGGUGGCUGGGAAGUUGGGGAUGUGAAAAGCAAGAGUUCUCUUGAUGAUAUUGAGCAAUAUGUUGCGGACAGUAAGAUGAAGGUUGUGCUUAGGAGUGGGAGAGAGGCGGUUGUAAGAGCUGUUGAAGGACUCGAUGGUAAAAAGGUGCGGACCAUGGAUGUCUGGGCGGCAACGUUGGUUGGAACAGAUUAA